UACAAAACACGACCUAGAGAGAGUCGGUGCCAGAACCCCUGUAGGAUUUAUAGCUGCUUGAUAGUUUGAGGGGAAAAGAAGUCUGCCAAUAUUGCUGGCACAGCCAAACGAAUACAGUGAAGUAAAUAACAAUUUGUAGAGUAGUUGCAGGUGGUCUCACCUAAACAGCCAUCGAACCUUUUGAACGACAACAGCAACCACUCGGGUAGGAAACAGUUAGCAGUGUUGGCAAAGUCCCUGCCUAGACGUCUUAGUGUUCCGAGUUCCAUUCGCCUGCAUUUGGCCUAGAUAUUGCUAGAUACAAAUGGCUUCACUACCCAUAGCCCCAGCAAGCGAUUUCCGACAACGUUGUCACUCCAUCAGAAUUGGUGAGCGCGUCAACUAUGUCAAUACACCUCAUGUGAUCGCCUUGGUUGGUUUACCUGCCCGUGGGAAAACGUACAUGGGCAAGAAGUUGAGUCGCUACCUGAACUGGAUUGGCAUUAACACGAAAGUUUUCAAUUUGGGAGAGUAUCGCCGCCAAGCCACUGAAGCCUACAAGAGUCAUGACUUUUUUCGUCCGGAUAACACGGAAGCAAUGGCAUUGCGAGAACGAGUCGCUGUGGACGCGCUGGAGGAUGCUUGUGAAUGGAUCGAAGGAGGUGGUGGCGAAGUGGCAGUUUUUGACGCAACCAAUACAACACGGGACCGGCGCCGUAUGAUUCAUUCAAUUGUAGUCGAAAAAAUGGGUUACAAGUUGCUCUUUGUUGAAUCGAUUUGUAAUGAUCCCAAGAUUGUACAAGCGACCAUUAAGGAGGUUAAAGUAAACAGCCCCGAUUACAAAGACGUCGAGAAUGAAACAGUUCUCAACGACUUCCUGUUGCGCAUUCAGCAUUACGAAGCCUUAUAUGAACCACUGGAUGAAAUACUGGAAUCUCAUUUAAGUUUCAUGAAGAUUUUCAAUACUGGUGCAAAAGUGUUGGUGCAUCGUCACGAGGGUCACAUCCAAAGUCGUGUUAUUUACUAUCUCAUGAACAUACAUAUUCUUCCACGAACAAUCUAUUUGACACGCCACGGUGAAAGCUGCCACAAUCGUCAAGGGAAGAUUGGCGGUGACUCUGAUUUGUCGGAUAAAGGCUGGAAUUAUGCCCGUACCUUGGGCGAUUUCGUCAAGAAGCAGCGCAUUCACGAUCUCAAAGUGUGGACGUCGUGGAUGAAGCGGACUAUCCAAACGGCCAGCUACAUCGAAGCGCCUCAAGAGCGUUGGAAGGCGCUCAACGAAAUCGACGCUGGCAUCUGCGAAGAAAUGACGUACGAAGAGAUCGAAUCGAAGCAUCCGGACGAGUUCCGCAAUCGCGACCUGGAUAAAUUCCAUUAUCGUUAUCCGCGAGGCGAGUCAUACGAGGAUUUAGUGGCCCGUCUGGAGCCCGUCAUUAUGGAAUUGGAGAGGCAGAAGAAUGUUUUGGUCAUCGGCCAUCAGGCCGUCUUGCGUUGCCUUUUGGCCUAUUUCUUAGAUCGUACGGCAGAUCAAUUGCCUUACGUCGAGGUCCCCCUGCACACUAUAAUUAAAUUGACGCCAGUCGCCUACGGGUGUAAAAUGGAGGAAAUUCACAUGCCAAUCGAGGCGGUGAACACCCAUCGACCCAAACCGUCCUUUUGCAUGUCCACCCAAAAAGACUAAUAGCACAAAAUAAUGAUAAGAUUUUUGUAACUAGUUUCACCUAUAAAAAUACGGGAUCAGGAGUGCUCUAUAAUUAGUAGAAGAAAUUUUUAAGAGCUCUGAAGUGCCAUUCCAUACACCCACAAGUCUAUUUCCAAACUUUGCCUCCCCUAAAAACAAUCUUUCCCUACGACUUUCCCUCCUCCCAUUUCUUGUUCUUCGUGUCUUCAAACAUUGCCACUUACCAGCACAAUAAAAGAAGGACGAAUACUUAAACAAAAGAA